AUGCGCUUCUACGCCUCGUUUUCUCUAGCCUUUGGGCUUGUGGCUGCCAGCCCAUGUAAGCCGUUGACUUCAGAGAACUCUAGCACGUUCGCUGAGUCCGCGACUUCUACAGUCGAAACUCUCGGUACUGAAACCUCAACUGGAGUUGAAUCUGAGACAUCGACUGCGAUCGACACCACUGUUACUGGCGCCUCAACUUUUGUUGGUUCUGCCACCACCGAAACUACCGAUGUCACUAUCUCGGCUUCUGAGGCGUCGUCUCAAGCGACCUCUGGCUCGACGCUAUUCACAUCAGUGACUUCUGCUGACGCGACCACCGCCGCGUCAACCGAGACAACCGCUGUUCAGACGUCUGCAGCUACGACUACCACUCUUGAGACUUCGACUACAGCUAUGGCAACUACCACCACAUCAGAAGAACCUGCUCCCACUGACCAUCUCCUCAUCGCCGGUCAAGGCGCCGCCCAAGGCCUUCCCCUGAAAUCGACGAAUACAAAUGGCGACUACAUCAUCUUCGGUGAUCGUACCUCAAGAUGGACCGUCGGCCGCUUCGUCGUCGAUCCCACAACAGGAUACCUGACCCGAGACGGCAUUCCUGUCUGCGCCAAGUACCGUUACAUGAAUCGAAGCGCCUCCUUGACUCCUUGCUCGACCGAGUACUACCAGUACGGCACGUCCCGUCUUGUCUGUGCGAGAAACCCUGCAGCAGGUACUGCUCUUCAGUGCUCUGCCGUUAAGUUGGACUGCGUAGCGAACGGACCCGGUGACAGCCAGGCUUGUACUGUUUCGACUGAGGUUGGUUGGACCAAGUUCUUUAUCAGUACCACUAGCGACUACACUGUGUACCUCGGUGCCGACGACUUGGCAUCGCCGUACCUCGCGUCUGUCGACAUUUUUGUUGAUCGAGCUCCCACUCCCGCUACUCCAACAGCGCCUUAG